CCAUUCAGUCAGAACUGAAGAAGCUUUGUGGAUGGGAAGUGAAAUGUCUUCAAGGAAAAAUAAAGUCCAGUGGCCUCUUGAAAAAGCACCUUUGAGGCAACCAUGACCUGGAUGACUGAGAAUCUCCAUAGACCUUCAUCCUGCUACUUUAAUGAAGUCUUAAUUGGCAGUCAAAAAUGACUUCCCCUCUGUGUUUAGCUCCUGGUAGUAGUGUCUUCCAUUGGAACAGAAGCUCUGCCGAAUGUAGGUGAUUAUUUAGAAGUCAUGUUUGUCCAGCUAUGUGCAGUACAUACAACAGGAUACACAUAUGGCAUUGUGACCACCUGUGGCUUUAAGUGAUGUGAGACCAAGUUGCAAUAUCUGACUCAUUCGCCUCUCUUUGACAUCAUGGCUUGUAACACUGCUGAGAGCUUACAUAUAUUUCCUCCUUAUAGGUGAAAAGGGAAUUGGGAAAACAACUGGAAAAAAGCUUUGCUACAAAGGUUCAACUUUCCAUCGCGUGGUUAAAAGCUUCAUAAUUCAAGGCGGAGAUUUUAGCGAAGGUAACGGAAAAGGUGGCGAGUCUAUUUAUGGAGGAUAUUUUAAAGGUAAGCUUCAAGCAGUUAUUUUAAACCUCGGUGGCUUCAGUUUUGCAAAUUCCAAUUUCAGCUUUUCAUAACCAGGUUUAUAUAGCUCCUCUUGCAUGAAAGUAUAAUAUUGCAUGGAUAUUCUCUGUGUGCAUGAGAGUUUUAAAAUUCUUAAGACUGUAAAUAUUAGCGUUAACAGUCAACGUUUAUGGCGGCAAUUGUAGUGGUUAAAACUUGACUUCAGCAUGGAGGCUAGCCAACUUGAUUCAUGCCAACUCCUGUCUUCCUGCCUAAAACUGUCAACAUAUUCUUUUGUUUAUAGAGAAUGUGAUCUUUUGCAAAAUGAAAAGGUAAGACACAAAAGCUCAACACAAAUUCAAACUGUUCCCCUGCACCCUUCCUAAUAAAUCUCUGGUCGGCUGUUAAUGAAUUUGUGGCUGGGUCCGUGUAGCUUUGGAGAGGAACCCCAAAAUAGUUUGAGAGGCCCAAGAUGGCCUUCGGUUCGGAACAAGACGUCCUUGGGAUGUCACCUACUUGUCUUUCAACUCAGGUGCUCCUUCCCUUUCCCUGCCCUUUUCGAGGUUUGUAUGUGUCUUCUCAAUUAUUUGGGGCAUGUUUUAAAAUUAUUGGAUUAUAAAUCAGAUACCAAACAGUUUUUCUUGUUAGGUUGAUUCCAAAUAUGUCCUAGAGGAGAAUAACCUUUUCUAAAUGAGCUGCUUUGUACAAAAUUACAUUCUAAAUAAAAAUGCUUAAUCACAGAAUACAACAGCAAUUAUUCUUCUGUUCUUCUGCCAAUCUGUAUUGUAAAGGUUUUUGAUUCUUUUCUUCUAAGAUUUUGAAUUGGGUAAGUACAACUGUCCUGGUACUGUACAGUUAUGGCUGCUAAUAAAAUUUGGUUAAAGCUGCCAAUAGUUUCUGUAAUCAUCAGUCAGAACAGCAUGUUGUAAAAUGAGAUUUUUCCGCAAUGAAACUGAAAGAAACCUAUGUGAUGUUCUCGUUUUGUGGAUGGCUGUUGUUUGUAGUUGAGAAUUAGCAUAAGAAACAAAUCAUAAUUUAAUUAUCAAUAGAACAUUUGUAACUCAGGUUUGAACUGACAGGGUCCCUGGUGGUCUCUGAGUUUGGUGGAGACAUUUUGUGACCCAACUAGGUAACAUCUGUGCUAGAAGGGAGUGGGCUUCUAGUUUCUAGCAUUCAUGGUGUUAUUAAGUUGGGUCAUGAAAAGUCUACCAGAAAACUACUGAUCUCAAGAGAGCACCAGAACGCCACAUAAUUAGUUUAAUUACUUUUGCGAAGGAGUCAAAGUGGUUUCUCUGUCCAGAUCAAAGAAAAAAGCUUUUUGGUGUAGAGGAUUCUGUGUUUUCUGAUCAAACCCAACUUUAUUGCAUGCUGGUGAUGCUUAGCCUACAAAUUCCUGGAGAAAAUGCUUUGGAAUUGUUCUUACCUUAUUGCCAGUUGAUUAACAAUAAGGAAGUAUCUACACUAGUGUUUCUCAACUUUGGCAAAGCUAAGAUAUGAGGGCUUGAGCUGCCAGAAUUCACUGUGGCUGGCCGAAGAAUUCCGGGAUUUGAAGCCCACAUAUCUUAAAAAUGCCAGGAUUGAGAAGAACUGAUCUACACAGUGUUUUUUUUAAAAACAACAACAACGAUGCAAGGCAUAUUGCCUUUUCACAAAGGAAAUUUGAACUUCCUUAGUGCUCUCAUUUCAUGGAAAUGUUCACUGAGAUGCAAACUCUCUCUUAACUGUGGCUAGUCAAUGGCUAUACCAAAGGAACCUAUAGUACCGUCGUUCCGUGGAACUGCUUGUGGUCUGCUCAUUCUGCAACUAGAGGAAACGUGUUUCAAUAGCAGGGCUGAAGAAAUCUCUGCAAUAUUGAAGAACAGCCAGAGACCCCCCACAAAAGCGGUUAACGAGAUGGUAAAAGUGUCUUGUAAUACUGAAACUUCCGAAUAUUCUCAAUUAAAGGCUGCUCAAUGAUUGCUUGCGUGCAAACCGUCUCUUUCUACCGUCUCUUUCUAAUGGCAUAGAUCGUUUUUGAGUUUUUACUGCAUAAUGGGAUAAUUCUUCAUGAUUGAUACUUGGAAAGGGUCUAAAUGCCAGGGGGAGGCUGACUUGUCUCUGCUUUGUCUCCUCUUUCAACACAGAUGAAAACUUUAUUUUGAAACACGACCGAGCCUUUCUUUUGUCAAUGGCAAACAGAGGGAAACAUACGAAUGGUUCCCAGUUUUUCAUAUGAUGGACAUGUGUUUAUCCCAAGCAUGUUGAAACCCAGUUACUGGUGAUAAAAUAGGUGAUGAUAACGGCUUAGAAGACAGUGACUUUUUUGUGCUGCUGACAUAUCUCUUCUCUGCCCCUACCCUCAUGCACACCCAAAUACUAACAUUUGUACUGCAGUCGUAUUGCAUUUGUACUGAUUUGUACUGCAGUUGGUUGAAAGGCCCCAUUGAAUAUGUGGUUGACAUUUCUUUUUCAGUUGUAAAUAUUUUGAAACAGUUUUUCAUCUUUCUCUAAUAUGACUAGGAAGGAUGGGGUGGGGAGAGAGAGACAGAGAUUGGGUUUCUGAUUAUUUUGUCUAGGAUAUUCAAGGUUUUUCUUCAGCUUCGUUAUUUUUCUGUUUUAAGUUCCGGGAGAGUGGGGGGGGAGGAAAUUCUAAAAAUAUAUGGAAUUCAAAGGUUAUUGAACUGCACAUGCUUGGAAUUAUUUCAAUUCUUGAAAAAGUUGCUGCAAAAAAAAUAUGUGGCUCUUUUCAUAAUUUUCUUACACUUUUAGCCUGAAUUUUUUGUGUCAUAAAUUGUUUCUUAGUAAGUAUAUAAGCCCAGUGGGAGUCUGCUGAUAGGUACAAAUGAAAUAAAUCAAGCUGUUGAAGCAUUCUACAUUCAAACCACACUAGGCCUGUGUAAAAUGAGAGCUUUCACUUACUAAUCCCAGCGAUUAUCUUGAUUUGUAAAAGGAAUGGUAACACACCCGCAUUUAUUAUAACCAUAUGAUUUCUGAUCUCACUAACAUUUAUAUGUGGGUUGAAAGCUUUACGUUACUGAUUUUUUCUGGCCUGUUAACAAGCCAAAACAUCACCAAGAUUAAUCCUGCCUGCCACACAGGGCUUAUUCCUGACCGUGCUGGAAACCCAGAAAAUUCCUGCCUUUAAUGAUAUUUAUGUACUGCUUUGAUUUGUGGAAGGGCAUUUUAAAAUGUGUGUCUCUUCCUCCUCCCCCCACCCACUCUGGCUGCUGUGUUUUUAUAGUCUUUAUAAAUUAUUUCAGUACAGGUAGCCCUCGACUUAACAACUGAUCAUUCAGUGACCGUUCGAAAUUACAGUGGUACUGAAAAAAAGUGACUUAUGACCCUUUUCCACAUUUACAACAGCUGCAGCAUCCCCAUGAUCACAGGAUCAGAAUUCAGACACUUGGCAACUGACUCACAUUUAUGAUGGUUGCAAUGUCCCUGGCAUCAUGUAAUCCCCUUUUGUGACAUUCUGACAAGCGAAAUCGAUGGGAAAGCCAGGUUCUCUUAACAGUCUCGUGACUAAUUUAACAGCUGCAGUGAUUCACUUAAUAACUCCAGCAAGAAAGUUGUAAAAUGGGGCAAAAUUCACUUAGCUAUCUUACUUGGCAACAGAAAUGUUGGGCUCAGUUGUGGUCAUAGGUUGAGGGCUACCUGUAAUCUUUUUGUAACACAAACAAAUCGCUCAAGUAACUUUACACCUGUCGUCAUAACUUGCGUGCAACAAGUCUAGGCAAACGACAAAUGAUUUGCAGGACAGAGAAUUUUAUUUUAGUGACUCUUCAGUGCAUAAACAAAUCCUAUUUCUACUGGUAUAAACCCUGAACCCUAAAUAAAGGUGAACAUAAAGAAAAUUUAGAGCUCUAUUUUUUUUUUAAAGUGACCUUGGUUUUGCAUACACAUAGAAAAUUGCAUUCAGCUGAAACGCAAAAAAAAAAAAAAAGUACUUAAAAGCUGUAUUAAACAUAGUCUCAAGUUUGUUUGGAAUUGUACUACAAUUUAUUUCUUGCCAUUUUUGUGUAAAAUUUACAGAAACAGUCUUACAUCGUGCGCUCCAAAGGUAAUGUCUCAUUCCUCUAAGGCUGUGUUCUUUCUUUCUCGCUUUCCUUCUUCUUUCUCCCUCUCCCUUCCCCUCCUUUUUCAUUUUCUCCUUUCUGUCUUUCUUGUCUUUUUUCUGAUCAUAUGUGAAUUGAAUCUUGUGGUGUUCUCCCUGGGGUUGAGAAAGAGAGAGAGACUUCUUUAUAGCAACCCUGUUCUUUUAAAGCCCUACUUCAGAAUAAACCAUGCAAAAAUUCUUACUAAUUGUAGAAGUAAUUUUUUUUUCAGUUUCAUCCCAAACUUUUGAAAUAUAAUUUUUUCAGUCAUUUUUCUCUAAGUGGGGAAAAAAAAUGGCUUUGAAAAAACAAAAAAUGCCUAGUUCAGUAGUUGAUGUGUUCUUGCAAACUAUUAUCAAGGGAAGAAAUAGUCACUUAAAAUGAUCGUAGUUGGUUUAAAUAAUAUUCAUACUUUGAAAUCGGUAUUUCAGUAAUAUUAAAUGCAAAGGUUUGAGUAAGUUGUUUUAUACUCACCAGUUUAAAUAACAUCCAUAUUUUGUAAUCAGUAUUUCAGUAAUACUAAAAUGCUAAGUUUUUGAGUUUAUAACAUACUUCCAUUUUGGAGGAAGACAGUAGGUAAGGAAUAGUUAAGAAUUCUUGCUAUUAAUGCUGUUCAAACAUUUUUUUUCUUCCUCCCUGUUUUUCUGAAAAUGCUUUGUGUGUUUGAAUAAAGGCAAUGAUCCAAAGUAUCUUUAUGAUAACUAGUAAAAAUAUUUCAAAAUUGUUGAUGGAUACUUUCACUUAGAACUGGGGGGUGUUACACUGAUUCUCAAUCUAAUUAACCUCUUGGUAAUUUUUUCUAAUUCAGGAGUUCAGUUCAGUUCAGUUGGUUGUAGUUUAAACUACACAGUUCUGUUUAUAUCCUCACUAGUUUCAGGUUGUUUUAUAGAAAGGGGAACUGAGUCUGAGUGAACCUGCUGAGAUCGCCCCACUAUACUUGGGUCAGAAAUAACAUUUCAACUUAUGGACCUCAGUUACAAAUAUUUAAUAUGUAUCCAUAUAUUUAUUUCCCCUAUUUCGUUCAUACAUAUGAAAUUCACUGCACAUACAGUCUAUGCAAUUAGGUCCAUCCAUAGCAAUAACACAUUUAACAGCCACUUGCCAGCAAGGUAAGGCUUAAUACUUCUGCUCCACAUUUUUUAAUAUUCGUUAGUAUUUGGAACACAUAAAUGUGUGCUAAUGAUCCCUCUUCUGUAUGCUCGUUUCUCUGCAAACGUAAGAGUUAAGGUUAACAGUGUUAACGGUGUUAAAGUGCUUAAUCUUUUAGACCACUUAAGGAAGAAAAAGCAUGCUUGCCUCCCAGUCCUCAGUUCGUUUGGGGACAGAUUUUGCUGUCCUCAUCACUUUGCAAAAAGGAACAAUAGUAAUAAGAAUUCACAUUUCUUCUUCCUGAAUCAAAUGCCCUAAUGGGCCCCCUGUUCUUUAUUCAUUUCAGAGCUAAAGAGCUGGGCAGCUGCAUGCUGAUUCUUGCCCGUUUUUGUGACUCAAGGCUUGAGAGCAGAUGGGUUAAAACAGAAUAACAGAGCUAGAAAGGGAUUUUGGAAGUCUUCUAGUCCCUCUGCUUAAGUAGGAAACCCUAUAGCAUUUGAUACAAAAGGCUGUAGAGACUGCCCUGCCCGUGUUGACCUGAUCAGCAAAUAAUUAUGUUAAUUUUUCUAGCUUUGCAGAAAGGAAUAGUAGGUAAGUUGCCUUAUUGACCGCAGGCCUUGAAAUAUCAUCCGCUGUGUGGGCGGGGUAGUAGGCCUCCAAACCAGCCCUGCUUUUGAGACCCCAAUUGAAAAAUGAGAUCCGAGCAACAAUAUUUGUAAAAUUUUGAAACAACAAGAUCAGUGUUUGUGGCUGAUGAAACUCACAUUGUGAAUGUAUUUGGAGGGUAUCUGCUAGUAAGACAUAUUCUGGGCGGCACUUUGAGCAAGUGCAUAUCAAUACAGCAACAGGUAGUCCUCGACUUACGACUGAUUGCUUAGCCACUCUUCAGAGUUACGACAGAUCCCACAAAAGCACAAAGGCAGUUCUGACAGCUGCUCCUCCCCCCAAUCACAUCAUAUUUUUGAGCUGGCAACCAGCUCCCAUUUAGCUUACUGGGUCCCACGCUCACAUGACUGUGAUUUAGGUUUUUUGGCAGAAAGUGGUGUUUUCAUCUGGUUUCAGGCAAAAAGAAAUUGGCCAUUUCAGACAAUAGGAUUGAUAAACAAGUUUCUUCUUUUUGUGCCAUAUCCAUCAUCGGUUGUUGGCAAUUAUGUUGGCGAUCCUAUUUUUAUCAACAGCCGCACGAAAAAGUGCUGUUGAGUUUUGUCCAAACCAGUCCCUUAGGUUUUGAAGCCAUGAUUGUUCUUCUUCUGCCUGGACCUCCUUUGCCUUCAAUCUUUUCCAGGAGGAUUAAGUGAAGGAUGCCAUAUUUUUCCGGGUGUCACAUCACAUGUCCAAAAUAUUCUAACUUUUGCUUUUUUAUGGUUUUGUUUAUGAUUUUAAGUGCUAAAGAAGCACUUUUAAAAAAAUAGUAAAAUUGGGUCAGUUGUUGAUAACCUGGUUAAUGACUGUGACAAUUUAUGACCCUAAUUCCAGGCACCAUUAUGGUGUAACUCGAGGACUAUCUGUACAGAUAUCCCUCACUUUACAACAGUUCAUUUAAUGACCAAUGUUGCAACGGUACUGAAAAAAGUGACUUGGGACCGUUUUUCACACAUAGGAAAAUAGCAUCCCUGUGGUCAUGUGAUCAAAAUUCAGACUCUUGGCAACUGACUCAUAUUUAUGAUUGUUGCAGUGGCUAUAAAAUGAGGCAAAACUCACUUAACAACUCUCUCACUUAGCAACUGAAAUUUUGGGCUCAAUUGUGACUAUAAGUUGAGGACUACCUGUGCUUGGGAUAUAAGGAGCAGCCUCAUUCCCAUUAGAUUGCCCUCUACUUAAAAUGAUCCAGGGAAGAGUGGCUGAGUUCUUAGACUCAAAAAGAGUCUAUCAAAUGAUAGAUACCUUGCUUGAAAAAUUGAAAAUUCAAUGAUAAUGUGUAAUUUGGAUUGCUUCUUUAUCCGUUCCCUCUUUCCCAAAGAUUAAAAAAAAAAAAAAAGAAGACUAUUUCAACAGACAUUUGCAAAAGUACACCAGGACAGUAUAUUGCUUUAUAGCUAAUUAAUAAGAGAGGUCUUUUCUGUGGUAACUUCAACAGACACUUCCUGAUAAUUUAGUUGGUAGUCACAAUGUUGUCUUUGAAAAACAAUUCAUUCCCCUAAUAUAUAAAUUGGCAGAUUAUUUUCAAGGCCCACUAAUUCCUCUCUGCAGAUUGUCAAUAUAGAUUGGACUAUAGUCUUUCGUUUCAGAGGUUUCUUGUAUUUUAGCCUAGAAAGUAAAAUCACAGAGAUACAAGAUUCUUAAAGCCACAACCACUAUACAUGAUAUUUCAAAUAAAUCUGAAGUCAGUUUGAUGGAAUUUAUCAGCGGAUAAGUAUAUGAUUGCGAGCUUUGCCAUGCCAUAAGCUUAAUGUUUUUAUCUUGUUUGGGAUUGGAAUUUAAUAUUUUCAUCCCCCAGCCACCCACUCACUCAGCAGUGGCUUUAUAUUCUUGAAACACAGGCUGCAAAAAAGGCAUAAAAACCUCUUUACUCUAAAGUUUGACAUGUCAUCAGUUGUAACAGUAAUUUUCCAAAGCUAUGAAUGAUUUCUGUGUGGCUUUGCUGACCUUAGAAAAACAAUUGGAGGACAGGUUGGUUUGAAACAAUUGUGUAUUUGUGUGCCUAAUAUAUUUGUACUUUAAAGAAUGUGGUUUUGUGCACAUUUUGUGCAUAUUAGCAGCCUCUAAUUUAUUCUGUACUGUUGCCAAGAUCCAGAUUGUAAUUGUGAGUAUUUCAAAUGCAAGUGAAUCCAGGGUGGUUUGUUCAGUUGGUAAAAUAAAGAUACUACCUACACUAUUAAGCAUUUAAUUUUAAUCAAAAAUGAAAUUCAAGUGUAGUGUUUAAAUUGUAGUGUAUGACAAGAAGUGAUACAUUUCCUGAAUUUAGUACCAAUAAGUUUUAUCUAUUAAAUUAACAGCUACGUUUUUUUCUUUCCUUACUUUUUUUUUUACCUGUGCUAUUCUACCUUUUUAACUUCUUCAACUGAAAAUCUGAUUUUCCCUCCAACAUUAAACAACUUGUGUAUGUUGAUGUUGAACAGAACUACGAAGCCUGCUCCUCAUCUUGAUAGCGUCCAUGUCGUCUUUGGACUUGUUAUUUCUGGUUUUGAAGUCAUAGAACAAAUCGAAAGCCUGAAAACUGAUUCUGCCAGUAGGCCAUAUGCCGAUGUGCGUGUCAUUGACUGUGGGGUGCUGGUUACCAAACCGGCAAAAGAUGUGUUGGAGAAGAAGCGGAAAGCAUGGAGUCCUUCAGAAGCUUCUGAUAGCUCCUCUAGCAGCACAUCCACAUCAUCGGAGUCAUCUUCUGACAGUGAAUAUGAAAAUGAACGAAGCAGGAGAAGGAAGAGGAAGAGGCGGAACAAAGCUAAACAAUCUAGGAAACGAAGACGGGAAGAGAGGAAGAAAGAGGAAACAAAAAACAAGCACAGGUAUGAAGUAGCCUCAGUGGCCAUAAAUCGCUCUCUUUCCUCCAGCCACUCUGACCGAAGCGAAACAAACGAAAAAUCAGCAGACGUGAACGUGAAAAGGGGCAAACCUGUUGUCCGUCCAGAAGAAAUUCCUCCUGUGCCGGAAAACAGAUUUCUGCUUAGAAGAGAUGCGCCCAUUAUAAAUACAGAGCCAGAUUUGAAUAUUGACUCAGGACCUGUUUCGAGCGACCAGAAGCCUUCGGUGUCAAAAUCUGGAAGAAAAAUCAGAGGGAGAGGCACAAUAAGAUACCAUACACCGCCACACUCUCGCUCGUGCACAGAAUCGGAUAACAAUGGAAGUAGCGAAACACCACCCCACUGGAAAGAGGAAAUGCAGAGAUUGAGAGCUUAUAGGGCCCCCAGUGGAGAAAAGUGGAGUAAAGGAGAUAAGCUGAGCGACCCAGGACGGUGGGAUGAAAGAAGCCUGUCCCCUCGGUCUCGUUCUUGGUCCCACAAUGGCUUUUCAGACCUCAGUACUGCUCAACAUCUCAGCCACCAUAAAAAACACCGGAAAGAGAAAAAAGCAAAGCACAAGAAGAAGGCCAAAAAGCAGAAACACUUAAAGAAGCACAAGCAAAUGAAAAAGAAACGGUCUCCUUCCACCGAGGUAGAAUCCUCUCCUUCCUCUGCCAGAAGGACAAAAUCAUUGUGCGACCGGGAAAGAGCAUCACGUUCUUCCUCUCUGACAUCUAAAGAUGAUUCUUCUAGAAGAGGCUGGUCCAAAUCAGAGCGAGACAAGCAGAACUCGGCCUCUUUCUCCAGCAGAGAUUCUCGCUCGUACUAUAAGUAUCGAUCCCGAUCUCGGUCCAGGUCGAGGUCUUAUCCCCGAAGUUCUCGAUCGAGAAACACUCACAUUUCCUCGCGUUCAAGGAGCAGGUCAAGAUCCAGUUCUGCCUCAAAACCGGUGAAAACGGUCCCCAGCUCGCCCAAAACUGCGGUGCCUCGUUUAAAGGAAUGUCAGCUGGUCUCCAUUGAACCGGCAAGAACAGCGUUACCCCAGAAUGAUAAACUGACUAUUCAGCCCGUGGUUGCCGAAACCCUCCCAGUUAUCCCACUGAGCGAUAGUCCUCCGCCUUCCAGAUGGAAACCAGGGCAAAAACCGUGGAAACCAUCUUAUGAGCGUCUUCAGGAAAUGAAAGCCAAGACCACUCACCUACCACCUGUUCAGGCGAAUUACUGCUUAAUCGGUAUCCAAGACCCCGGAUGCUCCUCUUCCUAUACUAAGCAGCAAAAGAGUUCGGAGAGCGACCGGAGCCGUUACUCCAAAAUCCAGAGCAACAGAAGCUCAGGCAGCUGGUGGAAAUCUAGAAGCAGGACUUCACGAAGUCGGUCCUCCUCCAAGUCCUAUUCCAGAUCAAGAAGCCCAUCCAGUGUGAGAUCCCGAUCUACUGUGAGAUCCUGUGUGAGAUCCCGUUCGGAGAAUCCGUUCCCCAGCGACCAGUCGUGCUACAGUGGAUCCUCCUCUUACUUUUCCCUCAGUGAGGAUGACCGACAGAAAAGCCGGACAAAGUCGGGAUCCCGUGAGAGAAAUUCCGAGCUGUCCAAGAAAAGGCAGAGCAGUUCGGAAAGCACACUCCCCUACGUGAAAGGCGUGAGCUCGAAGCCUAGAAGUGCAAGCAGAUCCUCCAGCAAUUCCUCGACUGAUAGUGACAAAUUGAUUAUCAAUUUGUCCCAAGCCGUCGAAGAAAAAGGACAAUUAAUAUCUGAAAAUGUGACCCGGAAGCAAAUUAAAAGAAAUUUGGGUUGCAAUCCACGUGAAGAGAAAACUCAGUCUGGGCAGGACAGCAACCGUUCCAAACAAAAAGUUUUGAAAGACAAAUCUGAGAGUAGAAGUGGCCAGAAAGCCAAAACAAAAAACUAUGAGAUCGAUGAGUGGUUUUCCGGAGUAAAUUCUGAAAGAGAAGUCACCCAAAAUGACAAAGAAAACUCGAGACUCUUGUCUGCAAAAGAGGAAGGCGAGGCCUCAUCGGACUCUGAUACGGAUUCCUACCCACCCGCCAAACGCAAGUGCAAAUCUGACCCUGUCCCCAGCACAUCAAAAGGGAACAAACUUCCUUCCUCUUCAGAAACUGAGACCUCCGAUUCCGAUACAGACUCCAGAGACAAAUCCUGGAAGCCGAAGCGAAGUUCCAAAAAACCCUUCCAAAAAGUCCACAUCAAAAAGGUGAAAGAAAAAUCCAAAAGUAAAAAGGAGAAGAAACACAAGGCUGAAAAACGAAAAGAGACAUUCCAUUGGCAGCCUCCCUUAGAAUUUGGAGAAGAGGAGGAGGAGGGGGAGGAGGAGGAGGAAGUCAGAAAAUCUGGAAUAAAAGAAGUGCAAGAGAAACAUGCCAAAAAGGAAGCCAAAGACAAAAACAAAGAGCCAGAUUCCCGAAGUGAUAAAACGAUCAAAGAUCAUGCGAAGGAUGAUCGGAUGUCUCACAAAGAGACUGUUGUCUCAAAGAGAGGAGCAGAUCAAGGUGCCUCCACUAGCCAACUAAAUAAACGCGGUGAGGAAAAAGCUGUUUCUUCAACUCACGUUCCCUAUCCAACUAAAAAUAUAUUUGUUUCCAAAAGUCCCACUGCAGCUCAGGAGGAUAAUGGAAACAAGCCGGUUAUCAUAGUGAUAGACGAUAUGGAUAUUUGUACCCCAGACCAUGAUUCGCCUGUAAAAGUGGAUCUGCAGCUUUCCCCAGUAAGCCUAAAAUUAAAUUUCCAAGACAUUAAAGCCAGCACAAGUUCCCAGGCGUCAAUUAGCACCAUAACCCAGAAUGUAAGACAAGCCGUUGAUAUUAAGGGACUGAGUAGCCUCCAAGAAGGCAUACAGGAACGAGACAGGGAAAAACCGAAAGCUGCCACCAGUGUUGAAACCCUGCUGAAAGUGGAAGUUUCUGAAAAUUCAUCAAGCAGUCUUGGGGACAACAAGUGGAAACCGUUACAGGGCGCUGGGAAUCUGCAGCUUGCAGGGCCCGCCAGCAAUGCCUUUGAAAUGAAAAACAUAGCUUCUGGCUCCUCCGAUCCCAAACCUCCAGGUUUAAGGAUCGAGAUUAAAAGUAAAAACAAGAUUAGGCCAGGCUCCCUGUUUGACGAAGUCAGAAAGACGGCACGCCUGAAUCGGCGACCCCGGAACCACGAGAGCUCGAGUGAAGAAGAUUCUCCAACACGAGAGGACAGCGAGUCCAGAAGUCGGAGUCGCUCGCGUAGCAAGUCGGAUGUUAAAUCCAGGCAUCGGACAAGAUCGCUGUCUUACAGUCACUCACGAAGUCAGUCGAGGAGCUCCAAGUACUCAUAUAGAUCCCGCAGUUACUCGAGAAGCCCGAGCAGAGGGUGGCACAGUGAUUGCUGCUCAAGAAGUCGAAGCAGAUCUUACCACAGUGACGGAAGUUAUAGUCCCACUUAUAGUCGAAGCGUAUCCAGAAGCAACUCUUACACUCACCGGAGUCGGUCAAGAAGCAGAUCCUACACCUAUGACAGUUAUUAUAGCCGGAGUCGCAGCCGUAGCAGAAGUAAAAGAAGUGACAGUUACCACCGGUCUCGUAGCUACGACCGACGUUCCAGAUCUUACAGGUCGGACAGCGAAAGUGACCGCAGCUAUUCUAAUUGCCGAAGUCCCAGUGAAAGCAGCAGAUACAGCUGAGAUCCUACGGUUGACCAUAGCAGUUAUGCAUAACAGAAUGUUUUUAUGUCCGUAGCUCGGAUCAACGUUUUGUUUUCUUUUUCUUUUUCUUCUCAGUGUCUAGGUGAAAGUAACUGCUGCCAACAGAAGUGGAGCCUUAUUUAAACUCAGCACAACCUUAAUUUUUGUACACUCUGCUAUGGCAAUCAUUUUGUGUUGCCCAGAGUUUCGUUUCAAACUAGAUGAUAUUGUUGAUGUGCAAUCGAAUUUUCAUUUAAGCCUCUUAAGUUGUUUCUCCGAAGGAAAUUCGCUUGAUAACCAUGGAACUGUGAAGAAUUGUAUUAUAGGAAUCUCAUCUGCGGUCUAUCUGCUUUAAACAUUGCCCUUAAAUGCUGAACUAAUGGUUCACUGAUAGCUUGACACAUCAAUAAUGUUGACACUACAGAUCCAGGAAGAUCUUGGAUCUGUAGUGUUCAGGAAGAUCCUGAAAGAUCCUGGCUAAGCGAUCAUUCACCACCAGAGAUAUGAAUUCUGGGAGUUAGAUUCAUUGCUUGCCUGGAAAAUGUCACGUAUAUUUGUACCCCAUGAGUUAAAAGCUGGUUACUAUCCUGUUUCUUGAUCAGUUUUGCCUAAUGCUCCCUUGCAGACGUUAUCCACAUGCGGAUAGCUUUGAAGUUUGAACUCCAAGUGAUGCUUAGACAAACUGAGUCUCUCUUCUCUUUCGAAUGAAGAAGCAAGAACCAUGUUCUCCUUGCCUCUGUUGCGUCCUCUCAUGGUCUUCUGAUUCUGGGUUUUCAUCAUGUCCGAAUGUGCUAGCAUUCUAAUUUUCUGCUAUCUUUUGUCAGAUCUGCAAAUCCGUGGAUGAGCAUCGGCAAAGAUAGCAAGCUGUAAAUUUAUUUCAGAAAACUAACUUUCAGGAGCAAUGGAAAUCUGUUCUUCGGUUUGAAUUCAGCAGACAAAAUUCCAUUUUGAAAUCGAAAUGUUGGGAUGUACACAAAUUUUUGUAUCGGAUAGUUAACUUUCCUUUUUUUAAAAAAACGGCAGAAAAUAACACUUUUAUUAUUUAGUGGUCCAGGCAAACGUCGAUGCUUUUUUCUGUUAAUGCCGGUCCUGAAUUUGUUAAAAUUUCUACGAUGCCGAAACGCUGCAUAUUUCAUAACGGGGGUGGCGCAGAGCAUUUUCUUUGGGAACUGCUUCAGUCCCCAGAUUUGUCACUUGAAUAUGAGGUUGCCAUUUUGAAUUCAAGAGGGAAUUCAAGACCCUCCCCUCGCAAAUUUUCCAAGCAGCCCAUUUCAUUUUCAAAAGAGUUUGAAGGAUUUCCUACACUCCCCGUUUCAUCAGUUUAAAUAAUUUUUUUGUUAGGAAAUAAAAUGUACUGUUGAAAUGAUUUUUUUUCCCCAUCUUCGAUGCAAUUAAAAAUAGGAAUAUUUAAGUA